AUGGCAAACGCGCUGAGUGUCUCGCCUGCACUCAUAUUAGUUUUUGCACUUCUUGUGUAUGCUCCACCGUUGCGGACUUGGUUCUCCCUACCUACGAGCCUGCUCUGUUGGCCGCUGGCCUCAAUAUCAAGUCAGCACGGCGUGGAAGCCCAUCGCGCCAUAUCAGGAUUUGGCCCACAGCAGAACCGAGGGUGGGACGUCCGUGAUUUCCUUGGAGGCAUUGGGCCUUGGGACAGCAACGCAGACGCCGUGGAAGAGGCAAGCAGGCCCCCUCCGGGGUGCGAGGUCGAGCAGGUCCACAUGAUCUCCCGUCACGCGGAGAGGUAUCCGACGGCGAAAGCGGGCGCGCGGAUUCUGAAGCUCCUUGCGAGAGUCAAGGACGCCGGCGUCUCAGUCGCGGGCGAGCUCGCCUUCGUGCGCGACUGGCAGUUCAUCAGCGCCGAUCCGGGGCGCGAUUUCGAACAGUUGACGCGGACCGGCCCGUAUGCGGGCACGCUGGCUGCCUUCUCCACGGGCGUUCGUUUACGUACGCGGUAUGCCAAACUGCUUGGCGCCCACGACGGGCCCAACGGUCCGACUUCUCUGAGCCUGUGGGCGAGCGGCUCGCAGCGUGUCGUUGACACGGCAAAGUACUUCGCGGCGGGCCUGCUGGGCCUCGACUGGGAGAACCGCGCCACGCUCCAUGUGAUACCGGAGACGGCGGAUCGAGGCGCCGACACGCUGACUCCGGGCAAGACGUGCGCCUUGUACAACAACGACACCGAGAGAGGACGCGAGCAAGGCUACGCGAAGCUCGCUGCUUUCAUAGACGCGCAUCUGCCGCACGUGUCGGCCCGGCUAGAGAAGCUAGUUCGCCACAAGGUCACGGGGAAGCCGUUGAAGCUCGACAACGCGGACGUGUACGCCAUGUACGAACUUUGCGGCUUCGAGAUAUUGGCCAGAGGCGACAGUCCCUGGUGCAAGCUCUUCACCACGGACGAGUGGACGCAUUUUGCGUACGCCAGAGACUUGCUGCACUACUACAGAGCUGGCCCGGGAACGCCGUACUCGUUCGCCAUGGGCGCACUGUAUCUCAACGCGACGGCGAGACUGUUGCUUCGAGGAUCAGAGGCCGGAAGGCUCUUCUUCACUUUCGUGCACGACGGCGACAUUGCUCCCGUGCUGAGCGCCCUUCAUAUCCUACACGACGAACAGCCGCUGCCCACCACGCACGUCGAGCCCAAUCGGAAGUGGACGACCUCGCGAGUCAUGCCCAUGGGCGGACGUGUCAUCUUCGAGCGCAUCCUUUGCCCGGCGCGCGGAGGCACGGCCGCGUCCGCGCCGUUCGUUCGAAUCAACGUCAACGACGGCGUGGUGAGAAUCCCCGGUUGCGAUUCCGGCGCGGCCCUGUGCCCGCUGGACGACUUCGUCGCUCGCACGCGACGGUUCCAGGAAGAAGCCGGCGAGUUCAAAGCCGUGUGUGGCCUGUCAGACGAGGCUCCCGACAGAAUAACGUUUCUGGAGCAAGUCCCCUUGUCCAUGACUUGAAACAAAAGACUUGGAAUAAUGAUACCCUAGAUGCCAUAGAGAUGAAUUGAAG